AUGGUCGGUACCAUUUUAAGUAUGCUCGGUCACGCUUUGACGGAAAGCAUGUUGGCCGAUGUCAUCGCCGAGGUCGACGAAGAUCAAUCUGGGGAGCUCGAAUUUCCAGAAUUUUGUACUUUAGCUGCCAGAUUUCUUGUAAAAGAAGAUGCUGAAGCAAUGCAACAAGAAUUAAAAGAAGCCUUUAGGUUGUACGAUAAAGAAGGUAUUUAUUCUUUUGGCAAUAAGAACGAUUGUGGCCAUCGAGAUUAA